ACACCACACCAACGAAACACUACAUAUACGCCCGCAACGGCAGCAGUCAGUCAGUAGAGACCAGAACAUCGUCUCGUGAACACUGGUCUGUUGCAACACUAACGAACCACAACAUUUUACGUUAUACAUAUUGUGCAUUUUACAUUCUACGCCCCAAGUUGUUUUAUGGGUGAACCGGUGAAAUCUUUUCAAAUAAUUUAAAGUGCGAGAAAAAACACCCGCUCCUUCUUCCCUAAAUAUCUGUAUUUGAUUCAGAUAAAAACUAAAAUGACGAAUUUGAAAUAUUUGAUGCUGCACUUGGCCGCUGUGAUUGUGUGCGGCCAGGAAGUUAUACCUGACACGUCGAACAUCUGUUUCCUUCCUCCAACUACGGGAUUCUGCCGGGCUCACUUUACCUCCUUCUUCUACAACCCGGAGACACAUGCUUGCGACUGCUUCGUGUACGGCGGAUGUAAGGGCAACGAGAACAGAUUCGACACUCUGGAUGAGUGCAUGAGAACUUGCAACGUCUUACCUAGUCUGCAGGAAAAUAUUGUCGAGUGUGACAAAGUCUUUAGACACUUCAACCCGCUGGCGAACAAAGAGGUGUUGGACGCUAUCAAGGACUCUGUAAGGCCGACGCAGAUACCACAGGAUCCCACAGACCCUUCAUACAUACAGCCAGCGCAACAAAUCCUUCAACCUGCACCACAAACCAUCCAACCAGCGCCACAAACCUUACAGUCGCUUCUACAACUAAAGAAAGCGCUACCAACUCAACAACGUGUGCCACUGACUCAGCAACCUUUACCGUAAGGCGAGCGGGUUCCAGCGGGCAUGUGGAGAGACAGCUGGUUCAGGAGGAUACGGAGCCUGGUAUUGGAUGACUCAGGUUCUAGGGUUGGCUCUCUCUACGUCGGUCAGCCGGCCUUCUUCACCCUGGAUAAUGACGAUGCUUUUCUCGUUCUACGAAAAACGUUUAAUAUAUGAUCUAGGAUACAGUAUUAUUAGAUCAAGUGGGGAAUUUUUAUAUUAUAUAUGUAUAUAUAUACUGUAUAUAUAUUAAGUUUUUGUAUAUUUUCAUUUCAGAAUGUAUAUUUUUUUAUUUUCAUAUAAAUUUUAUCUGUUAUUUUCAUAUAAAUUUUAUCUUAACAGCAUUGACGUAUUUAAAUAUUUAUAUAAUAUUAUUGUGUAGCCUAUCCCGUAAACACUUCCUCAAUAAUUAAACACAUUUCCACCCUUUUCUUGGGGUUGGAACUCUAACUGUACAUGAAUUAUGUAUAUAAUUCUAUGUACUGUUCAUAAAA